CGUUGAUAUCCCUGGUUAAAGCGGCUUGAAUAUUAGACUCGAUAGCAAAAAUAAACUUUUGAAAUACACCACAAACGUAAGAUUUGUUAAUUUACUAUAUGAAUAUGUGAUGGACUAGCAGGAUCCACGUACAUCAUAUGUGGUUAGCGUUGCAAUAACUGUCAGAAUGUCGGACACAAACGAUCUUCAGGACAAUGUGGACAUCACAAACCUGCUCUGGUUGCUGCGCAAAAUGCCCAUGGAGAACAUCUCCGGUAUUCUCAACACGAGCUUCCCGACGCCAAGGGACGUAACUCCACAUUCAACUGCGCAUGCGCUGAACAUUGCCGCGCCCAUAGCUAUGACAAUCGACAGGAUCGUCACCCCAGUGUGGUACGCGAUCUCCGCCAUAGGCAACCCGAUAACGAUGAAGAUAUGGCUCUCCAAGCGAAUGCGAGAGACGAACUCCUCGGCCAUCUACAUAGGGGCAAUCGCAGUGGUCCAUUAUGUUUUCAUUUGGUUGCACCUCUUACUAGAACUGCACCUGGCCUGGGACAUUAAAACAGUGAACUACCCCUACGUAUGCGAGGUGUUUAACGUUCUGUACAUUACACCGCAAUACUUAGCGCCGUUAUUAAUUUUGGGUUUCACCACAGAGCGGUACAUCGCUGUGUGCCUCCCCUUCAAGAAGGAGACGUACUGUACCGUGCGCCGUGCGUGCAUCCUCGUGCUAAUGCUGACCGUGCUGUCCCUGGUCUUAGGCUCGGUGCAGGCGUACAUCUGGACGUAUAAUUUUGAACGUGAUCUGUGUUUCUUCCGGUCCGGAGCCCGCCCGUUCUAUGUUGUGUGGACAUGGAUAUCAGAAAUGUUGAUAUUUGCUGUUGUUCCCCUCGUAGUUUUGAUGUUCAAUAUCCUAGUAAUUCGAGAGAUUAGGCUGCUCACACGGCGGGCGUCACUGAGGAUGCACAGUGACAGCUGCAUGCUGGGUGCAUCCAACAAAACCUCAACGGUAACGUUGCUCGCGGUCUCAUUCUACCUGAUCUGCACGCUGCUCCCUGCCACCAUCGUGUACACGAUGCAGUCGGUGAUCCGAGCAGGUGAUCCAUCAAUCCGUGUCGAGGACUGGACGUCUGAUCCACAGUGGCAAUUGUAUUUGUCAUACUUUACAGUGAGAAAGAUCGUCGAAGAGAUCUGUUUCUCUAACUACGCGUGUUAUAUUUUCAUAUAUUACAUUACGGGUUCCUAUUUCCGAAAAGAGGUGCACAAGCUACUACGCUGCCGAAAGGAGCCGUCGAGACAGAGUGGCGCCUCGCGGUCCUCGCGCGGCCAAGAGCAGUACACGCUUGUCACUACGAACGGCAAGCACGAGCUCACUGAGCCCUUAUGACUGACCCGCGUGAGGUGCCCGUGCCAGUGCUCGCUGGACAAUGGCAGCGUGCUGGCACUCAACACAUGGCUCUCGACGUCGGUAUUCGCGGAGUAUGACCACGAAACUACGGUGAGCACCUUUUUCUAGAUGUCGGUGCUCGCGUGGGUUUUCCUUCGCAUCGACGAUGAACUUUUGGCUCUAGAUGUCUGUGUUCUUGGGGUAUGAUCCCACGCCGAUGCUGAACACUUGGUCUGGAUGUCGGUUCUCGCGGGGUAUGUCCGAGAACCGGUACCUAGUACAUAGUUAUAGACAUCAGUGCUCGCGGGAUAAGACCGUGCGCCACUAAAAGCACUUAUUUCUAGACGUUGGUGCAAACGGCAUGGGUUUAUAUCGAUCUGUAUGUCCCUCAAAUUUUUUUAUUAUGUUAAAAGAAUUAACUGCAUGUUGUAUGUGAAUGACAUGUCGUUGUUUUUGUGAUGUUUACGUUGCGUUUAUUGUUUAAAUGCUUAAACUGUUUUAUUCUCUUGUUCCAUAUUGUAAUUUAAAAGUCUUGGAAAUAAAACACAUG